GUUCUUCUCUUUCUUCAUUGCAGCUGAAAAUGCUGCGUAGAAAUAUACGAUUGAGGAGGGAGUACUUGUACAGGAAGAGUUUGGAAGGGAAAGAGCGUUUGCUCUAUGAGAAAAAGCGAAAAAUUAAAGAAGCCCUAGAAGAGGGGAAGCCAAUUCCAACCGAGCUCAGAAACGAGGAAGCCGCGCUUCGCCAAGAAAUAGACCUCGAAGAUGAAAACACUGCUGUCCCUAGGACUCACAUUGAUGAUGAGUAUGCAAAUGCUUUCGAACGAGAUCCGAAAAUUUUGUUGACAACAUCUCGGGAUCCAAGUGCUCCUCUUACACAAUUUGUAAAGGAACUGAAGUUUGUCUUUCCCAAUGCAGAAAGAAUGAACCGUGGUAACCAGGUUAUAUCUGAAAUUAUUGAGAGUUGCCGUGCACACGAUUUUACGGAUGUUAUUUUGGUUCAUGAACAUCGUGGUGUGCCCGAUGGUUUAAUCAUAAGUCAUCUACCAUUUGGUCCCACAGCUUACUUUGGAUUGCUAAAUGUGGUUACAAGACAUGACAUCAAGGACAAGAAAAACAUUGGAACAAUGCCUGAGGCCUAUCCACAUUUGAUUCUAAACAAUUUCACAACAAAGCUGGGUGAAAGGACGGCAAACAUUCUGAAGCAUCUAUUUCCAGUGCCAAAGCCUGACACAAAACGUAUCAUCACUUUUGCAAAUCAGUCUGACUACAUUUCAUUCAGGCAUCAUAUCUAUGAGAAGCCUGGUGGUCCUAAAUCUGUGGAACUGAAGGAGAUUGGUCCUAGGUUUGAGUUGCGCCUUUAUCAGAUAAAACUAGGAACGAUGGAUCAAAAUGAAGCCCGGAUUGAGUGGGUAAUUCGACCAUACAUGAACACAACAAAGAAACAGAAGUUUAUUGGAGAUUGAUUUUGACUAUUUGUAAUAUUUCAAGCUUUGUAUCUUGUGUUUUUAAUUGCAUUUUCGUAAUUGGUUAGGUCUUCGUUUCAAGAAGAAAAAGUUUUGUUUGUAGGCAGCUAGGCAUUGUCACUAGAACUAUGUCAUUUUGUUAUCAAAAGUUAUUUGUACAAGGAAAUGAGACGAAUUGGAUCUUCGGUUUUCGUGAUCCGCUCGCAAACUCUAAAGC